AUGACAGACCAGAAACCCAAGCUAAAGCGUGAAGUGCAGCUACACUCGUGUGACUUCGAGUGGGAAGACCUCGCUCGAGAAUGCCAGCAGCUAGCCAAGGAGGCCAAAUACAAGUGGGAUGUCUUCCACCAGCGGAACAACGGAAAGGUCUACAAACCCCGCAACUAUCUCGUCAAGGAGUUCCCCGAGCUGUAUUCACCAGAGCGUGCGGAGCUGGAGGUUCUGGAGCUCGGAUGUGGCUACGGUAGCGCCAUCUUCCCCAUUUUAGCUGAAUGCCCAAAUAUCCACGCGCAAGUCUGCGACUUUAGCGCACACGCCAUUGAUAUCCUUCAACACAAUCCUGAGUAUGACGCUACGCGAUGCCGCGCUUUCGUUUGCGAUAUUGCGCAGGAGGAGCUGACUGGCGUCGCUCCUGAAUCCAUCGACAUCGUGUUGAUGGUGUUUGUGCUCUCAGCCUUACCACCAAAAUCGUUCGCGCGAGCAGUACAAAAGAUCUUCACGGUGUUGCGGCCGGGAGGAAUUGUCUGCUUCCGGGACUAUGGGCUGUACGACCUCGCCAUGCUUCGCAAUGCCAAAAAGCUGGGUCCGAGUCUCUACUAUCGCAGCGACGGCACCUUGGCCUACUUUUUCUCGCGCGAAGUCCUCGCGGAGCUGUUCGAGCAGGCUAGAUUCCAGAUACUGGAGAACGAUUACUGCACCGUCCGCCUGCGCAAUCGUAAGAAGGGAGUCACCAUGGACCGUGUCUGGCUGCACGCCAAGUUCAAAAAGCCUGAAGCAAAAGUUGGUGACGAAGAGAAAUCGCCUCAAGUUACAUGUAGGCUCGAUGUUAUACCCAGUAGCUCAAACUGA